UUUUCUAAAUUCUUUCAUGGAAUGUGGGCAUGACUGGUUAGGCCUGCAUUUAUUAUCAUUCCCUGAUUACCCUUAAGAAGAUGGUGGUGAACCACUUUCUUAAUCAGCUGUCGGCAUUCCCACAAUGCUGUUAGAAAUGGAAUUCCAGGACUUUGGCCCAGGGAUGGUAAAUGAACAACAAUAUAGUUCCAGUUUAGGAUGGUGUGUGGCUUGGAGGGAAAGUUUUGAGUUCCUGUGUUCUCAUGUAUCUGCUGCCCUUGUCCUUCAAGGUUGUAAAUAAUAGAGUGGAUUACGCAGCAAAACGUACAUUUACACAGGAGGGGUAAUUCGAACAGUGUUAAACACUAGAGAAUGAGUUCCACAGAGAAUGAUGGGCACAUAUGCAUGAAUUACUCAGAGUAAUGAACCAUGCUGGGGGAUGAGGAUGAUGAGGACUUGUGUAUUAACUCCAACAGUGGUUACAGCCCUGACUGCAGAGGGAAUUAUUUCAGUGAUGGGAUAACAAAAAUCGAUUUUGUGCUUGUUUGGGAAGUGAAAAAGAAAAAGUCAAAAAGGCAGAAAGUGAGGUCCACAUAUCAGGAAAUGGAAAGAGAAGAGAAAGAUACAGCAAAAAUAAACUUAUUCAACAAACAUGAAAAAUGGAGAAACAAAUUUGUGAAGAAUUUACAGAAUGCAGGGCUCUUGAUGGAGAAGGAUAUAACGGUCAGUGAGAAGAAGAGUAUUCAUUAUCUGAAACUGAGUGCAUCUUGGGAUGUGCUGGUGUAUUACGCUGAAGAGUUGUCACUGAGGGCUCCCCUGCAGGCACAGCCCAACCCCUGCAUGAAUAUGUCCGAGGCAAUUCUGGGAAAGCUCAGUAUCCCCAACAUGAUGACCGAGUAUGUUCCCAACAGACCAGUGGAUUACUACACCUGCCCCUUUCGUAAAUCCAAACUGGACAAGUUUUUGGGAAGCAAAAAUCAUGAGACAUACUUUACUAACACACAGAGGCACCGAAUUGUUUAUGAAAUUCUAGCCACAACAGUGUAUGGGAAAAGGAAAAGAACACACAUUGGGAUUGACCGCUUACUAAAUGAAAACGUCUUUGCUUCUGCUUUCCCACUCCAUGAGGGCUCCUAUGAAUUACCAGACUAUGAUGUACCUCCAGAAAAUCUGAAUCCAAGACAAAGUUUGUAUAAGUACUGGGCUCGUUGGUCCAAGUGGUAUAGAUAUCAACCACUUGAUCACAUCCGAGAGUACUUUGGAGAAAAGAUUGCCAUUUACUUUGCUUGGCUGGGUUUUUACACAACUUGGCUUCUCCCUGCUGCUAUAGUUGGGACAUUAGUUUUCAUCUCUGGACUAAUGUCAAUGAACACAAGCAAACCAGCAGAAGAGAUCUGUAAUAGCAGCAACCAAUAUCUCAUGUGCCCUCUCUGUGACACUUGUGACACCUGGAAUAUUUCAGAGAUCUGUUCCAUGGCCAAACUGGGUUACCUCUUUGACCAUCCUGGCACAGUCUUCUUCAGCAUCUUCAUGUCUUUCUGGGCAGUGACCUUCUUGGAGUACUGGAAACGGAAGAAUGCCACUCUGGCACAUCACUGGGAUUCCAUAAACUUUGAGGAAGAGGAGGAACGUCCCAGACCUGAGUUUGCUGCGAGGGCACCAAUGAUGGAACAGAAUCCAGUCACUGGAAUCAAAGAGCCAUAUUUCCCUGAGAAAGACCGUCUGUCUCGAAUCAUCACAGGAUCAAUGGUUAUUAUAAUUAUGCUGUUUGUAGUGAUGAUUUUCCUGGUGACUGUGAUCAUGUACCGUGGGAUUAUCAGUGUGAUGAUGUACCACACAGGCAACGCUAUUCUAAUGACCCAGGCUGGAAACAUAGCAAAUAUCAGCAGCUCCUUGGUGAACCUUAUUCUCAUCCUGCUCAUGGGCCAGGUCUACACUUCGCUAGCAGAAAAACUCACCAGAUGGGAGAUGCACCGCACACAGACACAGUUUGAAGAUGCAUUCACUUUUAAAGUGUUUGUGUUCCAGUUUGUUAACUUCUACUCCUCCCCAUUCUAUGUGGCAUUUGUCAAAGGAAGGUUUGUGGGUUACCCAGGACACUAUGGAAAACUGUUUGGGAUGAGAAAUGAGGAUUGUGGCUCAGGAGGGUGUCUGAUUGAACUUGCUCAGCAACUUUUCAUAAUCAUGGUGGGGAAACAGAUAAUUGGCAAUAUUGAGGAGUUUGCCAUCCCGAAGCUAAAGGCCUGGAGGCAGAAACGAAAACUGGCCAUUGUCAGGGGCUCUCAGAUCUGUCAAGAGCCCAAGCGAUGGGAGGAUGACAAUGAACUCAUUCCAUCUGAAGGCCUCUUUGAUGAGUAUCUAGAAAUGGUCCUACAGUUUGGUUUCAUCACCAUCUUUGUGGCUGCCUUCCCACUGGCUCCUCUUUUUGCUUUACUUAACAACUGGGUAGAGAUUCGUCUAGAUGCUCAGAAGUUUGUGUGUGAAUACCGGAGGCCAGUGGCUGAGCGUGCUCAGGACAUCGGAGUCUGGUUCAAUAUUCUUGAAGCACUGGCUCAGCUCUCGGUCAUUAUUAAUGCCUUCCUGAUUGCAUUUACAUCUGAAUUCUUGCCCCGCCUGCUCUAUCAGUAUGAAUACAAUGUUCACUUGGAUGGAUACAUAAACUUUACAUUAGCAUAUGCUCCCAAUAGCUAUGUGCAAAGUAAUCAUACCACAUGCAGGUACAAAGCAUUCCGUGAUCCAGAUGGAAAUCUCAUGCUGUUCUACUGGAAGCUGCUGGCUGUUCGACUUGGAUUCAUCAUUGCCUUUGAGCAUGUGGUGUUUUUUAUUCUCCGUAUUAUUGACUGGAUGGUACCGGAUAUUCCAGAAUCCCUUGAAGUGAAAAUGAAACGGGAACGGUAUCUGGCGAAGCAGGCAUUAGCAGAUAACCAGGAUGUUUAUCUGUCGGAAGUGGUAUAUCCGACCUGAAAUACAGUCCACCAAGGUGUUCCCAUGGCAAUAGGUGAUGCAGGGACGAAGUCACAGGAUGAUAGUAUCGAUUCACUUGGACAAGUCAAUGCUUUUGGUUUGGUGUCUGCUACAGAUGCAGCAUGUUAUACCCUAACCAGUUGCCUGUGCAUGGCUGUGCAGCAUCUCCAUUUUAGCAAUGGAUUAAAGCAUCAGGAUUGACCCUUUCUGCACCCCACCCCCAAACUCCCAACACAGCUGAAGAUUGAAAAUACACCCUGUGUUGACUGAUAUUUCGCUUUUCCUGAAAACAGUGGCUGUCUCUCUUUACCGUCCUGGGCAUAUCCAGGUCCAGGCUGGUGUGCCGUUCCUUCAUGUUCUCCUUGAUGCGUGAGCAACGUCACCAGUUGACUGAACUUUUACUGAACUUUUAUGGAUGGCAUAAAAUACGCAACCUUUUGCCACUGCGUCCUUAAACUUAUGAGGCCUGUGUGAGACUUAGAACUAGAAUUGCUGUGGUCAUGAAUUCUGGAAAGGAUGGAGCUCCUCAAGAAUAUAUCAACCCUAAUAAUAAGGUGUUUAAUCAGAUUGUGUCAAGAUGCAGUGUGGACGCAGGUCUACACUAAAUCUACCAAAAGAGUCCAAUUUGGAAAUGCCCUGAAUCUCCUGUUUAAUCCAGAACAGACAGAUGCAGACAUUUAAAAGUUUAAACAUGUUCUUGAACUGUACACAAAUGCCUGUGAACGUGUUGCCAGUUGCUUGAAUGGUGUAGGAACUUUUCUGUUCAAAAGUAAGCCUUAUUUGAGCCUUGUAGGGCUGGUAUCUACAAGUCGAGCAAGAAAGCGACACAGCUCUGCCCCACUUGGAAACAUGACAACAGAAAGGAGACCAAACCAUUUGAAUAUAUAUCACUGCUACUUUGCUUUCUUAUUGUGCAUCAAUCACAAAAGUGAAAGAGUUGCUCAAUAAAGAAUGUAGAUCCAAACAAUACUGUAUGAAAUGUGUGAUCUGAACCUGGUCCUCACAUUUAUUUUGGUAGAGAUCUGUAUUCUCAGUAACAAUAUGUAAUCUAAAAGGUACAUUUGUAAAUCUUGUCAUCUGGCUCCCCCACACUUCUACCCUUCAUCUAUUAUCAACUUUUUUGUCUCUUUCACUCUUUCUAUUUUAUCAAAGCUGUGACAUCCAAUGCUCGCCUGAACUUGCCUAUUUUGUUCCAAAACAAAAACAAAAAAUACUGGAAAAGUGCAACAGGUCUGGCAGCAGCUGUGGAGAGAAAUCAGUUAAUG